UAGGAACCGCGUUUACUUACUCUACAUCUCAACAUGUCUGGUCGUGGUAAAGGAGGCAAAGUCAAGGGAAAGUCAAAGACCCGUUCCAGCAGGGCCGGACUUCAAUUCCCCGUCGGUCGUAUCCACCGAAUGCUCCGCAAAGGAUCGUACGCUGAGCGCGUCGGUGCCGGUGCCCCCGUCUACUUGGCUGCCGUCAUGGAGUACUUGGCCGCUGAGGUCCUCGAGUUGGCUGGUAACGCCGCCCGUGACAACAAGAAGACCCGUAUCAUCCCUCGUCACUUGCAAUUGGCCAUCCGCAACGACGAAGAGUUGAACAAACUUCUCUCCGGUGUUACCAUCGCUCAGGGUGGUGUUUUGCCCAACAUCCAGGCCGUUCUCUUGCCUAAGAAGACCGACAAACCCGCCAAGGCUUAA